AGUUAUUUCCUUUCCCAUUUUUCAAUUUUUAACUCCCAAAAUCCUGCUUUUUUUUUUUCAUUAUUUUUUGGUUUUUGAGGGAAAAAGAUCUUAAAUUCUGCUCCAAUUGCAAUCGAAAUAUUUCUUUUUAGAUCAUCUGAGCUCAGAUAAAAUUGAUCCGCUAGGUGAAAAUGACAUUCCAGUUUCAGGUCUUAGAUAUGUUGCGAGCAAGACGGAUGGAGAAAUGUGUUUGUGUGUGGUGAGUUUUGAGUAUUUGCUGAAGUAUCCAAAAUAGAGAUGAUAAAACAUCGCUGGAGAGAGCUAGCUAAGUCCUUUAAUAAUCAUGUUGAUCCUGAAACAACUGAGCGGCUGAAGAGGACUAAAACAGAAAUUGAAAACAAUGUGACAAGGAUCUUCAAGCUUAUAAAAAUCGAAGACCAAGGGAAGAAGGAUGUAAACCGAAAAGAUUUGAAGCAAGAGUCGGAACUUGUUGCACUCAUUGAGAACUUCUACCAACAGUACCAGUCACUAUAUGCUUUAUAUGAUCAUCUAGUAGGAGAGUCUGGGAGAAUCGUUCAUGGCAAGAAAGAACAAAAAGGUUUUUCCAUGUCUCCCCCAAGCUCAGAUUCCGAAUAUUAUUCCUCAGAAGACGUUGAAGGUAACAAUGCCAGAUUGGAAAGAGCUGACAGCAUCAAGCAUGAACUUAAGAACGAAUAUUCCGAAGGAUCUGGUGAUCUGAAGCGAAAAUCGGUCUCUGAAAAUGGAGAAAAGGAGGCGAUAAAUUCAGAAUAUUUGGCAGCAUUGAGAAAAAUAAAACAAUCAGAAAUUGUAGACAAUGAUCUGAAGGAUGAAAAAGUAAGAGAACUCUCAGCUCUUGUCGAAGCGCAUGAGGCUCAUGGGAAUCAUUCCUCAGCUCGGGUAAAAGAGUUAGAGGGACAGUUAACAGGCUUUAAAAUGGAGUUGGAAUCCUUAUGCAGCCAGAAAAGAGAUUUGGAAGCAUGGAAAGAAGGUAAAUCUGCUGAAGCUAAACAGCUAGGAGAUAAAAAUAUCGGACUACAUGCGCGAAUUUUGGAACUUGAGUUAGUUUUAAAAGAAAGAGAGGAUGAAUUAUCUGAUUUCAAGAACAAACUCAAGGAAAAUGAGGAGAGCUCAGCGUCGAAAAUUUCAGACUUGAUGACACAUGCCGAAAAUAUGCAACAGGAAGUUGAUUCGUUGUGUGCGCAAAAAGGUGAAAUGGAGAAACAGAUGGUGAGUAAGAAAAAUGAAUCAGCGACGCAAGUCAAAGGCUUAAGUGAGCAGGUCAAUGCAAUGCAGAAGGAAUUGAAGAUCCUGCACCAGCAGAAAAUUGAAUCACAAGCACAACUGGAUGAGAAGAAUAAAGAAAUCUCCAAUCAUCUGCAACAGAUGGAAAUUCUGAGAGAGGAAUUAACAAAAAAGGACACGGUUGAGAGGAAAAUGAUGGAAGAAAAAGGAAGUUUUCUUGUGAAAUUGAAUGACUUGGAAUCGGAAGUGAACUCUCUACGCAACAAAAAAAGGAAUGUGGAAAAGCAGAUUAAAAACAGAAACCAUGAGAACAGCAAGUUGAGACAGGAAAAUGAAAGUCUUCUUUCUAGAAUUUUCAGGUUGGAGAACUUUGACUGAGAGAGGGGAUGAGAUUUACGCUCUUCGUGGAGAAUGCGAGCAUGGAAAGAACGAAGCUUCUGCUCGACUUACUGAAUUCACGACGCAGGUCAGCAAUUUGAAACAGGAAAUGGAUUCCUUGCAGGCUCAGAAAAGCCAGUUGGACUUGCAGAUUGAGAUACAGAACAAGCGCUAUUUGGAAAAACUGACUGAGAUGGAAAAUCUAAACGAUAACUUGACAGACAAGAUUGGCCAAAUUGACAGAGAUAACCAGAAGUAUUUGGAAAUACUGAGUGAGAAGGAAAAUCAAAACCAUAAUUUGACAGUCAAGAUUUCCGAUCAGCAGAAAAUUAUCAAGAAACAUGAAGAAACUUUCAAGAAGUUCAACAAGGAGCA